AUGACGCUUGUCUCGGACCUUGCCGCUGCAUCGGCUCAUGUACACGACUCUGCCAAACUUUCCAGUGGCGAUUAUGACCGUCGACUUCGCGAGUUGGUCGAAUACUUGAGGCGGCUUCUGUCCACUAAGGCCCUUGACACCCUUGCCAAUGACGAAUCAAUCCUCGAUCGCUUCGACCCAGCAAAAGAUUCUAUCCCAUAUCUUUUUAUCCUUCGGCUGCAGAUUCAAACCGCGCAGGCAACUACUGGCGAAGCAAUCCCAACAAAAAUCCAGCCUUCUGGUUUGCUGUGGACACGAAGUGCAGACUUCUUGAGAAAUUUUGAUAGAGUUCAGGUCAGAUAUGUCGGGCGAGAGUGGCGUGAGCUUGUUGAGAUCGUGGGACAUACUUCACAAGCUAUAUCUAAACCACUCCUAGCUACGAGGCUGAUUAGAGACGCUAUGUUGCGUCUCGACCCAUCAUGUGCUGUUUUCACGUCAACUCACCUCUUACUAGUCCGGCUGUGUCUCCGGGCAAAUGCAUAUUCCUGUGCAUUGCCGGUCUUGGACAAACACAUUUGCCAUCUUCCAAUCGUGCCUGGGCGUCACUCUUCGGACCCUCCUGUACUUUGUGCAGAACACGAGUCUAGUAUCUCCUUAGUGACGGAUGCAUCUGGUCUUUCAUCUAAGAUAUCCUAUCGAGAUUAUCUACAGUAUUUCCUCUAUGGUGGUAUGGUGUACAUGGCCCUCAAGGACUGGCGCAAGGCACUUCACUUCCUUGGCGUUGUCGUCUCUACACCUGUUGCUAGCUCUGUGAGCUUGGUCAUGGUGGAUGCAUACAAAAAAUGGGUUCUAGUAGGUCUACUUGAACAUGGCAAGUUGUACCCACCUCCAACCAUCACAACCCCUCAUGUGAUGAAGAUAUAUCAGUCAUUGGCGAGACCCUAUGUUAUACUUGCACACGCCUUCGAGCGAGGUGAUAUCCGAAGAUUGAAAGCUGAGGUUGAUUCGGCAGAAGAUAUCUGGCAGAAUGACAAUAACAUGGGCCUCGUCUCCCAGGUCGUGAACAUCUUUUUCGGCCAGGCUAUCACCAAGCUUGGAAAGACGUUCGCAGCUUUAACGGUCGCCGACCUUGCAAAACAAGUGUUCCCUUUGCCCGUGCGUGGAGAAGUUGCGGAGUCUGUGAUUGUGUCUCUCGUGUUGUCUGGUGCUUUAGACGCUACGUUACUACAGCCUCAAGAUCAUGCGAUGUCGUCAAUGCUGCGAUUUUCGGCUACUUCUUCGUUCACUCGACUGUCGCAUGAAUUGAACAUACAAUCUCAAUUUCAGAGGGAGCGAUUUUUAAUGGAGGCCUUGGUGGGCAAUCUAAGCGAGAGCAAUCAGAACCUAGGCCUGAGUGAUGAAUGUGUUGACAAUGUUCAUAAAGGACAGCCUUGGUCGGGCUCUGAAGUGAAUCCAGUUCUAGGGGAGGAAGUUGGCUUGGAGAUGGAUGAGGAUCUAAUGGGUGAUAUUCCUUAG